AUGGCAACCGAAAAUGAGCACAACGAAUCGCAAAAAUGCUUCCUAGAUUGGAUGAAACUUCAAGAACAAGAUCUAGGCGAGCUCCUUCAAGUCAUAAAUCAAUCUGAAAAACCUCCUGAUACUGUACUUACCCAACUUGCAGAGAAAAGCAUUCAGCAUUUUCAAGAUUACAUACAGAAGAGAAGCCAUCUUUACCAAAAUAACGUCUCUCACUACUUUGCACCCGGUUGGAAUUCUGCUUUGGAGAAUUCUUUUCUCUGGUUAGCCGGUUGCAGACCCUCCAUUUUUAUUAGACUCGUCUACGCACUUUGCGGGUCAGAAGUGGAAUCUAAUCUUGCAGAAUAUCUUCAAGGUGCAAGAAUAGGGAAUCUUGGUGAGCUUUCAGCGAGACAGCUCAAUAUGGUAAACAAUUUGCAUUCAAGAACAAUCAAGCAAGAAGAGAAAUUGUCAAGCCAGUUAGCGAGCUUACAAGAAGAGAUAGCCGAUGAGCCAAUUUCUAUUCUCGCCAAGAGCCAGAGCCAGGCCUCUGAUGAGCCUAGCGAUGAGGUGGACCGGGCACUUCAAGAUCUUGAUGUGGCUAUGGCGCGUAUUCUACAAGAAGCUGAUAACUUUAGGUUAAGUACGGUUAAGGAGUUGAAUAGCAUUUUAAAUCCUAUUCAGGCAAUUGAUUUUUUAGCUGCUGCUAAAAAGCUUCAUCUCUGCAUGCAUGACUGGGGUAAAAGAAGGGAUCUUAAUCAUGGUAGAAAAAACUGA